GUAUGCGGGUUAACCGAUACCUUUGUGUGAUAUUUGCAUCUUGUGCCAUGCAUCUUUUUACAAAUUAAACACCAGUUUACUAUAACACAGGAAGUGAAAGCCACUAACCAAUCAGCUCACAGGAAAAUGUGCCAUGCGCAGUAGAGACAGUGAUGGCAGUAUGGUGUGUGAAGGUUAACGUGAGCUAAAGAAGCGAUGAAUUACAUGUGUUAGUUAGAUAAAGUUCGGUGUUACAGCGGCCCAACACUGGUGUGUACUUCAAUACAGACUCAGCAGCUCUUCCUGUCUGCUCUGCUCAGCAGUCAUGGCCGGUCUGUCCAGCUACGCGGUGCGCAUGGCCAGGCUGAGCGCACAGAUCUUUGGGGAAGUUGUGCGUCCGACAGACUCCAGGUCCAUGAAGGUGGUCCAGCUGUUCCAGGAGCCUCCCAUGGCCAAGAGGAAAGAAGUGUAUGACUGGUACCCACAGCACAAGAUCUACUACUCCAUGACCCAGAAGCUCCGGUUCAUGGGUCUGUUCAGAGACGAGCAUGAAGACUUCAAGGAGGAGAUGCUUCGCCUGAGGAAGCUGAGAGGAAAAGGGAAACCGAAGAAAGGAGAGGGGAAGAGAGCGGGCAAGAAGAAAUGAGCUGCUCAAUCUUUUACACGGGACUUUUUGUGUUUUUUAUUGUUUUGUGGAGGUGGACAGCAUUGAACUGUCUCUUCAACUAAUGCAGUUCAGUCAAACCAGCACUGAACCAGCUUCAGUAACAAAUAUACCAGAAACAGCUGUUGAUGCUAGAAGAACUUGACUGAAGAUCAGAGGAAUGAAAAGUCAUUUUCUUUGUUUGAGGAUUUUCUAUGUGGGUAAAAAUAAAAUAUUAGAUUGGGAUUACAAA